AAAGCCCAAUCAACCCUGCAAUAAAACACCCCAUCUUUCCUCCUUUCUUCCGCCGCCGCUAGAGUUUCCUCUUCUAGUUAGGGUUUCCUCGAUCCCCAAUUUUCCGACCCCAACCCUAGCUCCGAUCCACCCGAUGGCGACCGCAGAGGGCAAGAACAAGAUCAUCAAGCUCAAGAGUUCAGACGGUAAGGAGUUUGAGGUGGAGCAGGCGGUGGCCAUGGAGUCGCAAAUGAUCCGGCACAUGAUCGAGGACGAAUAUACUGACAACGGCUUGUUGCUCCGCAAUGUCAACUCAAAGAUCCUCUCCAAGGUCAUUGAGUACUGCAACAAACACGUCCAAGCAAAGGCCACCGACACAUCUGAUUUUGGAGGAGGAGCUAGGCCGUUAGGUGCUACAUCGGCUGUGCCUGCGGCGCCCGCAGAGGACCUCAAAAACUGGGACGCCAAUUUCGUCAAGGUCGACACGGCCACCAUAUUCGACCUCGCACUGGCUGCGAACCACCUCAACAUCAGGGGGCUCCUAGACCUGACUUGCCAGACCGUCGCCGACAUGAUCACGGGAAAGACGCCAGAGGAGAUCCGCAAGAUCUUCAACAUCAAUGAGAAAUUAAGACCCGAGGAGGAGGAGAAGAUCCGCAGGGAAAUCCAGUGGGCCUUUGAGUAGAGGAACAUCUAGGCCGCGCUGAAGUAAUGAACACUUAGUAUUACCCAUGUCUACAUUUCAGUGUGCUUGUUUAUGUCAUAAUGGUUGUAAUGAACCAAGAGUCUAUAAGGUGGUGUUGGUGAACUUAUUCAGUGGUUAUGUUUGCAAAAAAAAUAUGGUGGUCAUUAAUUAUCAUUUGUCAAA